AUGGACCAACUGUGUCUAAUGGCGAUGAGAAGACCGGUAUCCCAAGAGUACCACAGCUCUUUGGUUUUUAACGGGCUGGAAUGUCGCUCUGACCCAAAGGAACUCCUAUCCUCGCUCUUGAACCGAGACGUUGGGGAGUUACCUGACAAUGAAGAUAUCUUGUGGAAAAAACUCUACGAUCUUACCUAUCAUGGGGGCAAAAGGUUCCAGCCAAUAUUCAAGCCCAUUUGUAAGGACUUUGACUCAAUAAUCAGGCUGAUAGACCAAGCUUCCAAGAUUGUAGUAAUUCUUGGUGCAGGCGGAAGCGUCGGACCUGACUUCCGAUCCCCGGGAGGCUUAUAUGAUUCGAUUGCCAAGGAAGGCGCCUUCGAAGAUCCUUGCCAAGUCUUCGAUUUAGAUACUUUUAUGGAUGAUCCAUCAGUCUUCUGGCGCUUUGCCCAUACAAUUUUCCCAGAAAGAUAUCCGCGCCAUUCCCAAGCGCAUUAUUUCCUCGAAAACCUUGAAAAGCGUGGAAAAUUGCUUAGAUUGUACACGCAGAACGUAGAUGCUCUCGAUGUCGGCAUUCUUCCCGAGCAUUUAAGAUGUGUUCAUGGAUCAUGGAGAGAAUCAUAUUGUAUGACGUGUGAUGCUCUUCAUACAAUCGAAGACAUUCGAGAUUCCGUAGAAAAAGGUGAAGUUCCUCGAUGCAUCUUCUGUGGAGGUGCCAUCAAGCCAGGAAUAGUUUUCUUCGGGCAAUCAGUUAACUUGAAUGACUUCGAAUUAGAAAAUGAUGCAAGAGAGGCCGAUCUUUUGCUGGUUAUAGGUACAUCUCUUCGUGUGGCUCCUGUCUCUGAUAUCCCUAGGAUGAUGAGAAACACGCCUUCCAUAUUAAUUAAUAGAGCGACUGUCAAAGGUCAUUUUUCUGCUGAGUUACUCGGAGAAUGCGAUGAUGUAGUCAAUGCAAUAGAAAGCGAGCUUGGCUGGUCUUCAGAAACCCAGCCUCAAGUCGAAAUUAGCAAAAUUACGAAAUAUGCAACAAACAAGUUCAUAUUCCCUUCUAAUUCCGAAUUUGCUACUAGAGUCGAGCCAACUACAAGGGCUGAUUUCCUCGCCACAUCUGUGCCAGUAGAUGUUGACGAUCUCGCAUAG